AUGUCUUCCGCACAUGCAAUUUCACCAGAAGUGCAAGAAUAUUUAGAUCAUGUUGUUUCCAAACUUCCAGAAAGUAGUUGGUCUUUUAUGCAAGGAUUUUUGAUAGGUCAAUUAUCGAUAGUGAUUUUGGUGUUCGCUUUUAUAAAGUAUAUGUUACUGGAAGACGAAAAAAAAGAUAACCCUCAGCGCCCUCUUCCCAUUCCUACGCCUCUGAAUCCGAAAACAGAUUCAUCUUCACCGGUAUCAACUAUUUUAUCAAAAACAUUAUAUGAUCCAACUUAUCACCCACCUGAAUCCACGGCAUGGCUUAAUGUCCUAAUUGAACAGGCCAUAUAUCAGUAUCGAGAUGAUGCUAAAACGGACAAUCGUUUGGCACGCAUGGUUGAUGAAAUAUUGAAUGGUGGUGUUAGACCUGAUUUUGUGGUUACGCGCCUUGAUAUUGGAGAGGAAUUUCCUGUUUUUAACAAUGCUCGAAUAAGAUCGGCGGAUUCCAUAGGAAGAAUGAGAGUUGAGGUUGAUUGUGACUAUUGUGAUCAAAUAACACUUGGAAUUGAUACUCAAAUACUUAUUAAUUGGCCAAAACCAAAAAUAGCCGUAUUACCAAUUUCAUUAGUAUUAUCUGUGAUCAAAUUUUCUUCUACGGUAACUUUGGAGAUAGUGACUACUCCGGAAUCCUCUUUUAUUAAAGUCUCUAUACUACCGGAUUUCAUUCUCGAAUUUAAUGUUCAAUCAUUAAUAGGUUCACGAUCAAAACUUGAGGAUAUUCCUAAAAUCACUCAUAUCAUAACAUCUAAAUUAAGAAACGCGUUUUGUGAAAAUGAAGAAAUAAUUGACGCAACUACAAAUUCUUCAACACUACCUGAAGGAUUGAGACAUCGUAUGGGAGAUUAUCCGUUAGUGCAGGAUGCUGUGUUUCUCACACAUGGUGUAAAAACCACAACACAAGCUCAGACGUCGUCUUGUUGA